AUGCUGCAGACGGAGAAAACCCCCAAGCGAUCCUCUGCAGUCAUCCGCAAGGCACUUGCGGAAAAGGCUGCGGCCGAGGUCAAAGCUAAGGCGUCUAGAAUCCAGCAACUGGAGUCAGAUCUGGAGGCGGCCAAGCAGCGGGCAACUGAUGCUGAGACGGCCCGGAAGGAGGCGGAGGAGGCCCAGAAGAAGGCUGCUGAGAGUGCCAAAAAGGCUGAUGAGGCGCUCAAGAAGGCCCAGACGGACCUUGGCAAUCUUCAAGGUGUUUCUGAAGAGAACACCAAUCUGAAGACCAAGGUUCAAAAACUGGAGAAGGAGGCUGCUCAGGCUCAGAUAAACUUUGCAGCAACCUUGGAGGCAGAGCAAAACCGUCUAGUUGCUGAGACUGGCGCUAAUAAUGACGCCCAGAUGAAGAUCGCCUGGGCUGCCCUGUACCCGGACGCGGAUUAUGGCGUCUAG